UCCCUUCUUCUUCUCCGCCGCUCGCCUUCUCCUCCUCCUCCUCCGAGUCUCGCGAACCUUUCCUCCUUUCCAUCACCACCCCGCCAUGGCGGAGUCACCCGAGAACGCCGCCCGGGCCCCCGCGCUCGAGCCCGCGCACACCCAGGCCCCUCCGCCGCCGCCGCCGCCGCCGCCGUCUCCGCCCACCAAGUCGGGGAUCCCGCCGCGGUACGACCUGGACGCCAAGUGGGACGCCUGCCUCGACCUCUCCAUCCGCCGCGUCGCCUACUCCACCCUCGCUGGCUCCUUCGCGGGCCUCCUCCUCUUCCGUAGCCCAACCACUCGCUGGGCAUCAGUUGCACUUGGAGCUGGUGUGGGGAUAGGAGCUGCAUACACUGAAUGUUCAUACUUAUUCAAUGGUGCUCCUCCAAAGUGGUCACCCAAAGUUUCAACCAUUCCUUCUGCUCAUUCUGAAGGGGAAGACAAGUAAAUGAUGUUAGUUCGAUCGGUCCAUCUCGGUGGAGUUUUUGGAGUGUUGAACUAGCUAUCUCGUGUCUGAUAUCGCCGCUUCUGGUCUACUCUGAAGCAUCACUUCAAAGUUAGCAAGUGCCUGAUUUUUAUUUACACUAUGCAAAACUAUUCCAAUCGUGGUCGGAUGACCCAUGGCUGCGAACCUCAAAUGAUGGUUUUAUGACUGGCAAAUAAUCUUUUCAUCAUGAGAACUUUGUUGCAGCGUGCACAUUACUAUACUUUAUACUGUCCAAUGUCCAUUGAUGGUUGGUUUGCUUCCAA